CUGCAAAUGCAAAACCUCGUCUAGGAGGCGGCAAAGAAAAUUUCAGGGCCAAAGAAAAGCAAGUUCUGGACCAAAUUUUAGGCCCAGGCCAUUACGAUGCCAGAAUAAGGCCUUCUGGAGUCAAUGGAACUGGAAUACAGUGUCCAGUUAACUUUCAGGGAACAAUGGCAGGAUGAGAGGCUGAAAUUUAACGACUUUGGAGGUCGUCUAAAAUACUUAACACUGACCGAAGCAAGUCGCGUAUGGAUGCCCGAUUUGUUCUUCGCGAAUGAAAAGGAGGGCCACUUUCACAACAUCAUCAUGCCGAACGUCUACAUUCGUAUUUUUCCCUACGGUUCCGUACUAUACAGCAUCAGGAUAUCGCUGACAUUGGCGUGUCCUAUGAAUCUGAAACUGUAUCCGCUCGAUAGGCAGGUGUGCUCUCUCCGGAUGGCCAGUUAUGGUUGGACCACAAACGAUCUGGUGUUUUUGUGGAAGGAAGGUGAUCCGGUGCAGGUUGUCAAGAACCUACAUUUGCCCAGAUUUACGUUGGAGAAGUUCUUGACGGAUUAUUGUAACAGCAAAACCAAUACCGGUGAGUACAGUUGCCUGAAGGUCGACCUGCUCUUUAAACGAGAGUUCUCGUACUACCUGAUCCAGAUCUACAUUCCUUGCUGCAUGUUGGUGAUAGUUUCCUGGGUGUCGUUCUGGUUGGACCAGGGAGCGGUUCCGGCCAGAGUAUCACUAGGUGUGACCACUCUCCUCACCAUGGCCACCCAGACGUCGGGCAUAAACGCCUCCUUACCGCCAGUGUCCUACACAAAAGCCAUCGACGUCUGGACCGGAGUCUGCCUCACGUUCGUCUUCGGGGCUUUGCUCGAAUUCGCCCUCGUCAACUACGCCUCCAGAUCCGAUAUGCACAGGGAGAACAUGAAGAAAAAGCGCAGGGAACUUGAACAGGCAGCCAGCCUGGACGCCGCUUCUGACCUGAUGGACGGCACUGAUGGUACCUUCGCUAUGAAGCCUCUGGUACGCCACUCCGUCGACGCCGUAGGUCUGGAUAAGGUUCGCCAGUGCGAGAUACACAUGCAGCCGGCGUCCAGGCCGAACUGCUGCAGGAGCUGGAUAAGCAAAUUCCCGACGAGGUCGAAACGCAUCGACGUCAUAUCAAGAAUCACUUUCCCGCUGGUGUUCGCCCUAUUCAAUCUGGUCUAUUGGUCGACCUACUUGUUCAGGGACGAGGCGGAGGAGAAUUAAAGGAUGAAAGAGGAUUUAUGGGUAUUUAUAAUGUGGCAACACUUUUUUUUACUAUCUGAAUUUGGUGGUGGGGGGAUAUUAAUGCACCGAUUCGGCCGCAUAAUAGACCUAUGUUAUGAAGAACUUUCAAUACAAAGUUGUUCUAAAUGUGGUUGUUGUGCAAUCAGGUGUAUACCUCUCGAAUAAUCAAAUUAAAAUUGAAGAAUGAAGGAACUCUACUGAUAAUGAAUGAGAAAAAGGGACUCUACU